AUGGCCGACGAUACCGACCAGCGAGACUCGCCACGAUCCUCCUCUUCCACCCUCACCCUCACAGAACCCCCACUUCCCCCGCUUCCAGCAUACCCGCAGGCAGCAGCAGUCGCGCCGUCGCCCCUCAUGUCGACCCUCAACCGCCUCUCGCUGUCCACCUCGCGUCCCAACUUGCCCGAACGCGAAGGGUAUGCGGCCCGCGCUGUUCGGUCCGUAUCGCAACAGUUCGGCGUCACCAUCGCAGCCCCGUGGGACAAGGACGAAGUGGAUGCCCCUCGCCGAGCUUCAAGCAGCUUGGACACGAGCUCGAUCCUGUACCCCACACUCGAGAACCACCCGGCGCCGUUUGCUCACCCCUUGCUCGUGCUCGACCUCGCUACACUCACUGCCGUCCCACACCAAGUCUCCAAUGAGACUAUUCUUGCUACUCUGCUCCGCCGCCUGGAGCCAUGGGUCGGAGAGGACGGAGAAGGGGGUUACGCCCUCAUCGUUCUCGCUGCCGAGGACCCCGCUGGCAAGGGCAAGUCGCGUGCUCUCCCCGGUGUAACGUGGUGGCUCUGGCACUGGCGUCGUAUUCCCAGGAAGUACCGCAAGAACCUCAAGCGGCUCUACAUUGUCCACCCAUCGACACUCACGCGCACAGUCGUCCCGAUGCUUCUGCCUUUGGUGUCGCCAAAGUCGUACGCCAAGCUGCACACCAUUCCGUCGCUGCUCUCGCUCUCUCGUCGUGGCGUGUCCCUCGCCGGCAUCGAUGUGCCUCUCCCAACUCUGUUGGAAGAGGCUCGUAUCCUGCGCGAGAACCCCGACGCCGCCAAUGCGCCCGAGCACGCGACCGAGUCGUCGGGAGCCUUCGGUUGGGGCUACAGCGCUGUGACGUCCAUGUUCGGGGGCGUUGGCAGCUAUUUCCAUUUGACCGAGGCCAAGACUGCGUCCAGUCCACUCCCCCAGCUGCCCCCUUACUGGGGCCAGGACAUUGACCACAUCGUCGCUGACGCCGGUGGCAAAGUGCCCCGCGUUCUUCGUGACCUGGCGGUCGCCAUACUCAACUAUUGCACGGACACCGAGGGCAUCUUCCGUCGUUCGGCAUCGUCCGACCUCAUCCCCCCUCUCCGUGCCCUCCUCGAUCUCCCUCCUAGCCAACAGCCGCGAAUCGACUGGACGAGCGUCGCCCGUGCCGACCCACUCCUCCCUCCCAUCCUCUUCAAGCGUCUACUCCUCACCCUUCCAGCUCCCGUCAUUUCGUCGACGCUCUAUCCGGUCAUCCGCAAGGUCCACACUCCCGAGGACAUCCGCACUGUCCUCCUCCCAGCCUUGUCUCCUGCGCGCGCCGCGGUUCUCUCCCACGCCAUCCACGUCGCCCACCACCUUGUGCCAUACGAGCAGACGACGCGAAUGUCCCCGCUUGCUCUUGCUAUCGUUCUCGCACCAGCGAUGAUUUCCGGUGAUCCCCGCGAGGACGCUGCCAUGUGUCUCCAGCCCGGCCGCUCGCUCCCGCCGGGCCUCCUUGGCGACGCGGUCAUCGACGCUGAAGAGGGCGACAACACCCUUGUCGGUCUCCUCCAGACCUGGAUCAGCGACUACCCUGCUGUUGCCGGCGAGCCUGUUCGCCGGUGCCAGUGUCGUAUUGCCUCUGGUGCCUCCGGAGCACAGACCCCCGUGCCAGAGUCUCCGGCUACUACGAGCCCGCACCGUUGGUCGAUGCUCAACCCCGGUGGAGGCAAGGCUGCGCCUCCGCUCGAGAGCUCUGGCGCGGACAACUAA